CGGAACUGGAACUGGUAAAAUUUCUGUUCUAUAAAAAGACCCACAACAUUGUCUUCAGGUAUCAAAUUCACUAGACGCUUUGUUCAGGUAACACAGACCUACCAGAAAAAUCAUUCAAAAUGUUCAAGUUGGUGGUGUUAUUCGCUCUCGUUGCCAUUGCUGCUGCCCGCCCAGGUCUUUUGGUUGAAUCACCUUUGGCUUAUGCUGCAACUUCUGUGGACAGUGGAUACGCUUACUCCCAUAGUGUACACACCCCAGACUACGUGAACCAAGUUUCGGUCAGCAAACCAUUGACCACUACAACUGUAGUAAGGUCGCUUCCUGCUGUUCAUGCUCCAGCCGCUAUUGUUUCACCUGUCUUGGCCCCAGCUGUUCACACCUAUGCUGCUGCACCUCUCGUCCAUGCCUGGUAAAAAAAUGAAAGUGAGAAAUUGGUUAAUGAGUUUUGGAAUAAACGUCUGAAAAAAGAAUAAAAUA